UAGGGAAGAGAACAAAAUUAAAGCGUAGAAAAUGAAGGUAGCUGAGAAAGUGAUACUUCUGCUCAACGGCGGCGAGGGCUUCUCCGCCGCCAUCGCCGGUGGCCUCCACCCAAAACCUGAAUCAAACUUCCAAACGCUAAACGAUUCCUUUGAGUUGCCGUUGGAAUGCUACGGAGUCAAGGAUCAGAAGGUGUCUGGAGAAAUCACUCAUUUUGUCGGUUCCAAUGGCCAUUAUGAGGUGUCCAUUUUGCACUUGCAAAAUUAUGAGCCCCCAAUCUUAGCUUGUGCUCUGAAUGAAGUUCUGUUGAAAUUAGCUGGAGAGGAUUUAUCUACUGUGCCUACAGUAAUAGUCCCUUUUCUCGUGCCAGAAUCUAAACUCAAACUACAAAACAGAUAUACAGAGAAAAGUGAAAAGGUUUCAGUUUAUGGCAUCAAAUUAGGCCCUACAACAGAUGUAAGUCAGGCAUUGAGCUCCAGAUUGCAGAAGUCCCCGCCACUUUUCCAGAUUUAUCAUGAGGGUUUGGCCAUGUUGCUUCAUCUGGUAAAUGUCAUGAAACUUCCUACGGUUAUGCUGGUUGGUCUAAGUGGUCAACACGUAUCAAAUAAAAACUCCACAGAGGAGCUCGAGGUAACAUGCCAGAUAGGAGACCACUUAGCCAGCAUUUCAUCUCUUAGUUUUUCCAAAGAAAAGGUUGUCCAAAAUCCACCAAAGAUUUCUAGGGACAGCAAAGAGGCUUGGCGCGCAUUAUAUGGAUAAGACCAGACUCUAUGCAUUUGUGAGUUGCCAAGCCUUAAAAUUUCUCUACUGACUAUGGUAGCAUUUAUGAUCAUACACACAAAAAUUGUAGGCGAACUGCCUGUUUGUUUUAGUCCUUUUAGUUUGGCUCAUGAACUCUUUAUCUCUAGGUUUACACUUUGUGGCUUGUCUUCAGUCACAAAUUUUUUCCAUAAUAUUAUCUUACAACUCACAAGUACUAUUAUUAUCAUCUUGCUUCCCAAGCUAGUCUGUCUUUCUGGGAGUAUGUGGCUUGAACAAUUAGCAUGCUGGUAUCGUUGUAUGUAUGCCGUGAUUUUAUAGUCA